AUGCAGCAGAGAAUGAAUCUCCAAUUUAUAUUCCGUGGUAGUAGGAAUAUGAAUAGGAAUUGGAAUUGGAAUUACUGGUAUAGAAUGAUGAGCAGCAGCAGCAGCAUGAUGGAGCCAUGGCUGAUGCUAGCAGCACCGAAAUCCGAUCAUAAGUUGUACAGCCUUGGAGAGAAGAAAGUGAUUAGCAUGAAGAAGGAAGCGCCGCCACCACCGUCGUGGGCACAGGGGGAGCGGGUACAACACUUGGGAUGCACCCGCGGCUGGAUGGCAUCAUUCAAUGAAGAUAACCAACAGCUUUUCCUCUCCAACCCCAUCACCUGUCGCCACAUAAAGCUUCCCGCCUUGCCCCUAUCACCCGGCAUUAAUACUAGUAUUAUCCUUACCUCCUCAUCUCCCGAUGCCCACGACUGCCGCGCCUUCAUCAAAUACAACAAACGCAUUGCGCUCUGCUUCCCCGGCCACAACAGCAGCAGCACCUGGCUUCCCGUGUGCAACCACCUCCACUACGAGGAUAUCGCCUACUCCACCCGCCAGAAACGCCUCUUCUGCUUAAACUUUGACUCGCUCGAAUGCUGGGACCUCCAAUCUCCCUCCUUUCUGUGGAAUAAUCCCUUGUAUGGUGAUGAGGAGGAGGAGGAUGAGAAGGCGUUUGUCUACACUGGAUUCGCUUACCCCCUGUGUCUGGUGAUGGACGAGCAUUCCAACCGCCUAUUUCUAGUGAAACGUCAUCUCUUGGAUGGUCGUGUUGGGCGCGACGGAUCCUACAUGAGAAUCGUCGCCUCAACUGGCGGCAACGACUACCCACACAAAACCCUUAGUUUCGACGUCUAUGAAGUCGAUGUCAAGAAAGGGACACUCACCAAAAUGGAGGGUUCAUUGGAUGGUUUGGCAAUGUUUGUCGGACCCAACAACUCAUUUGCGCUUCCCGCGGCGGACUUCAACUUGACACCCGAUUCCAUAUAUUUCGUCGAUUAUUUGACAGGUGACGAUUGCCAUGAUAUUGGCAUCUUUAAUUAUGUGGAUACCAAACUAUCUUCCAUCUACUAUCCCUCUCAUCCCUCUCAGACACCCAGGGGGCUUGCACCUACCUUUUGGUUCACUCCAACUCCAUAUUAG